CCUUCCAGUCUCCUCCUCUUCACUUCUACUCUCUCUCACUGUGUUUCUUCGUUUCCUUCUAAAAUAACUCACCAGUCCGCCAUGGAUACCAUGGAAGCAACAAACAAAGUUCUUUCCAGGAUUCAGACCUUAGAUCCGCAUAAUGCCUCGAAAAUCUUGGGUUAUAUUCUGAUUCGGGAGCACGGGGACAAGGAUGUUAUCAGAUUAGCACACGGCCCGGACGCCGUCCUCCUCUCGCUCAUCUCCGAAGUCAAGGCUCGCUUGGGACUUUCUUCUUCAGCAGCUUCUCCUCCUUCCCCAAGUUUAGGCCCGUUUUCCCAGGCGUCCCUGAGAAUCACGAUUCCCAACAACGCCUUUCAAUUUCAUUCGUCGCCUCCUCUGUCUCCUUGGUCUAAUGCCUCUCCGGUUUCCCAUCCCACCGUUACCAACGCUUCUCCUGGGCGUCCUCUCCCCUUCUGCAGCGGCGACGCCGUCGAUCAGUUCCGGUUUCUGGACGAGUCUUCGCCGGCGGAGGAAACGCACCACCAGCUUCACAAGCAGAGAUGCUCCGCGAACGAGGCUGAAUUCGCCGGUGAUUCCGACGACGGGGCGCUCGGCGUGAGGCCUUGCAUGUAUAAUCCUCCUCGCAAGCUUCUGCAUGCGUUUUAUGGUUCGCCUACCAAACAGGACGCUUCUUUCGACGACUUUCUGCGCAUGAAAGCCCAUCACCUUCAGCACCAGAGGCUUCACUAUCCCCUCACUUACAACAACAACAACACCAUUAUGAGUAAUUUGAAUGAGAAUCCCAGAUUGGCACCAGCUCCAUUUAUGAUAGGUGAGGAGUUGCAGAGAUUUGGGCAUUGCCCCCUACCAGAGGUGCCAUGUGAUUUUUCUGGAGUUAGUUUUGAUGGGUACUCGGAUGCUUGUUUGCGCCAAAUUUACUUGACGUUUCCAGCUGAUAGUACAUUUAGUGAAGAAGAUGUUUCUAAUUACUUUAGUAGUAUAUAUGGGCCAGUGCAUGAUGUUAGGAUUCCAUAUCAGCAGAAGCGGAUGUUUGGUUUUGUUACGUUUGUCUACCCGGAGACUGUGAAGCUAAUCUUGGCGAAAGGAAACCCUCAUUUUGUGUGUGAUUGUCGCGUGCUUGUUAAACCCUACAAGGAGAAGGGGAAAAUCUUAGAGAAGAAUAGGAAGCAACAACAGCAUCAUAUGGAUUUAGGAAAGCUCUCGGCAUGUUUGAGCCCAUCUGGUCUUGAUUCUAGGGAGCCCUAUGAUCUUCCGUUUGGACCGAGAAUGUUCAACAGUUCACAGGAGGCUUUGCUUAGAAGAAAGUUAGAGAAGGAAGCUGAGUUGCAGACAUCCACCCUCUGUUCAAUCAUGUUACAUGAAGACGCCAGGUUAACUUCUGACCAAGAAGCAUGUCAUAGAAAGUAUAGGCAAAAUAGUUGACCAUGGUUAUGGAGAGGACAAAUUUUGAAAGUUUGAAUAGUGACUAGUGAGCCAAAAGUAUCAGAAGAAAUCUGUAAGGAAAGAUCCUCUUCAGGAUCCUAUGUUUCAUCAAAUAGGGCCGCCAUAAACUACAGCAAUACAUAAUGCAUAUGUAUAGGACAAAUGACUUGAGAUUUAAUAUGACUAGAAUAUGAAAGUAGGUUCUCUCUCUCUCUCUCUCUCCCUCUCUCCCUCUCUCUCUUUUUCUCUCUCUCUCUCUUUAUAUUUCUGAAGUUAGAAUAGUUGUUUGCUGCAGCAUUCAGAAGAUUAGCAUAUGACAAAGGCUUGGAUAGUUUGAUUAUGUCUCCUAUGGGCUAUGCCUCUUUUCUUUUAGUGUCCUCUAUAAUAGUAGCAGUGGUCUUUAGGUCAAUAUUACAUUACCUACUUAAUCUGGCUAUUACAAUUUGGGAACCUGUGUGUAUGCAACAACACCCCACCAUUGGGCAGUUGUUAUACCAUGGACCAGACUCUAUCUUGCAAAGUGGAUUCUGGUUUUAAAUUGUGUAUUUUUAGUAUUGAGAUUGUGAAUUUCAAGAA